AUGGCGGCUGCGGGCGGGAGGACGUGGAAGGAGGUGCUGGCAGGGAGAGCCAGGAAACGAAAAUGCAUCGUCAGGAGUGGAGCAGAGAUCCAGGGAGCAGCUCUGUGCCUUCUGGAUCGCCAUCAGAACCUGACCGACCUCCUCCUGGAGGUGGAAGAUUCAGUCAAGCCAGAUGGACAGGGUGGUGCAGAGCACCAGGAAGUCUCAGAAUCGUUCAUAGUCUCUGUCCUGCAGGAACAGGCCUCAAGACUGGGUGUCCCCACAGCAACCUUGGCAGCCAAAAACGCCGUGGCCAACAUCAAGCGGAUCUGCCAGGACCCUGCACGCCCCUCUCGAGUCCCACUGCUGACCCUGGAGCAGAGAAACAGGUUGUCUUGCUUGCUUCAAACAGUCAAGGGUUUGCUGGCAAACAAUGUGUUCAGUCGCUCACUCUUCUGCCAAGAACUGUGGAAAAUGAAGGACCCUCCAAUGCUGGAAGCUGUGUGGCACCUGCACAGAGGUGACAUCGUUGGGCUGGCAGAGCUGCUGGAGAGCAGCCCGUCAGCCCUGUCUGUGGUGGAGUGGCUGUGCUGCAGCCUCUGUGGCCUCUGUGAGCUGGAGGAGGAACCCAGUGGGGAUGUGGAGCUGCCCAGGCACCUUCUCUCAGACUUGGCAAUUGUGUUUCUUCAGAAUGGCUUCCAGCAGACUUCAGAGCUGGGAAGGAAGCUGGAAUCCAAGAAGGUUCCCAAUAUCUGUCGUGCUGUCUUACAGAAGAUGUUGACAUGGGUGCUGGAUGCUGUGGGUAAAGAGAAGCAGGAAGAUGUUUCCAAGUUGCAAGCUAUGAGGUUCUGGCUCAACGUGUUCAACCUCUCAGUUUAUAAAAGUGCUGUUCACCCGGAUUCCUUGCAGCAGUUUUUCAGACACACCCUGACUGAGGUUCUUACCUACAACCCCUUGUUGAAAGUGUCUGAUGCCAUCCAGAUGCAGAAAGAGUGGAGCUUUACCAGAACUUGCCCCCUGCUCACCACCCUGUACCAAAAACUGUUACUGGCAUUCAGUGCAAAGGAGUCCAUCUGCCAGCUGCAGCAGGUCCUGGAGACCCGGGAAGUCAACUGGCACCAUGUCCUCUCCUGUGUUUCCACGCUGGCUGUCUGUCAGGCUGAGGCUGAGCAGCUCUUCAAAGAUCUCCUGAGCCAUCUCCUGAUGAAGGCCUUUGAGAAUUAUGACAUGGAAAGCAUGGUCACUGCCUUCCUGAUCGCUCGCCAGGCUGCUCUAGAGGGUCCUGCUGUCUUCAUGCCUUACUCUGAGUGGUUCAAGGCUUCCUUCGGGAGUGCUGGUGGCCACCAUGGGAGCAGCAAGAAAGCUCUGGUGUUCCUCUUGGAGUUCUUGUCAGAGCUGGUGCCCUUUGAGGCAGCUCCCUACUUGAAGGUCCACAUAAUGUACCCACCUUUUGUGCCAACAAAGCAUCGGUCCCUUCUCUUGGAGUACAUCACUCUGGCUAAAACCAGGCUGGCUGACCUCAAGGUUGCUAUAGAGGACAUGGGGCUCUAUGAAGACUUGUCCACCACAGAUGAGUCUGUGCAGCCCCAGGGCCAGGCACUGCGUGACGUGGAAAAAGCCCUUCAGAUAUUUGAGAACACGAGGAAGAUCCCAACAUCAGUGAUAGAAGCCAGUAUUUUCAGGCGACCAUAUUACACAUCCUGGUUUCUUCCUGCCUUGCUCAGGCCACGGGUGCUCCCUAAAGCCCCUGACGUGCACAUGGCUUUUAUAGAUACUUUAAAGAGAGCUGAUAAAAUACCCUCAAACCUGUAUUCCACAUUCAUGCAAGCCUGUGGUGCUAUGAGAGAGAAAAUGUUACAAGGUGAAUCCCAAGUGGAGAGCAGCCAUUCCAGAGAGCCUGUUGAGCAGCUGAAGGCUGAGCUGGCUGCACUGGGGGUGCUGAUUGUGGACCAGGCUAAACACCAAGACGUGCCAGCACAGAUUGCAGUGAUUUCUGACAACCUCACCAGCCUCUGGGGUCACAGCACUGAGGAGAAUGAAGCUGCUGCUUCCAAUUCUCCAAUCCAAGUCAACAUUCCUGCCCCUGAGCUGGAUCCCUGCCAGCAGAGUGUUGUUGAUCUUCUGCUGACAUCGUUCUGCCAAAACCUAAUAGCUGCUUCCUACUUUAACCCUCCUGACAGGCAGGGACCGUGCCUCUCCUUGUUUGUCAGGAUGAUGUGUGGACACAGGAAUCUCCUACCUGUGCUUCUGGGCAGGCUCUGCCAGCUUAUUUAUCAUCAGGGCCCUUCCCUGAAUGAUGCUCAUAUUUUAGGACUAGCAGCUUUUGUGAUCCACUUAAGUGAGUCCAGAGCUUUAAUUCCUAAAGUGGAAGUCAAUUUUGGGAUUUCUCAGCCUGUUCCUGAACAGGUUCUCUCUGUUUCUGAGUACUGGAACUUCUUGCUAGUGUGCAGGACAGAAGAGUCCUUUGCUUUCUGCAUGAGGUUUUGCACUGCAGCAGCAUCUUACCUUAUGUGCAAGUUUUCAUCUUAUUCUCAUGAAGAUUUGUGUGCUUUGCUUCCUUCCAGCCUGGUUAAAAAGCUGCAGUACCUGGUGCCACGGCUGUGCCUGGAAGCUCGGGGAGCCCUGUGUCAGGGGGGUACAGCUCACCCCCUCUGGAGCUCCCUGUCAUGCCCCUCUCUAAGCUACAAACAAGCCAGCCUCUCUUUGUGGAAGCAAGCACACUUUCAGGAGCUCUUGAAGGAAAAGGAAUUCCAGUUGUCUUUCAGGGAGUGGCUGCUGUUGGAGCUGGAAGUGUACCCUGAAAAGGAUAUUCUCUCUGCCUCAGAAAGGCAGGAUUUCCAUUACUGGGCCAUCUAUCAGCACUAUCUGCCUGCACCUUCUGCUGCUGGUGGCUGUGAUGGAGACCUCCAGAAGGCGUGUGGCAUCAUUCUCAACACCAUUUUGGAUUCAUCACAAAGGUUGGACCUGGGUAGCUGUGGCCACUGGAAGAUGUCAGUCAGUCCUGAUAUUCUCUGCAAGCUGCAGGAGAUGGUGCUGGAGCUGUGGUGCAGGGGAAAGCUGCUGCCUGGCUGCUCGGGUGCCCAGAGACAUUUCCUGUUUGGGAUCCUCCAGGAAAGGCUGAGAAACGGAGAACAUGGCUCUGCUUUGGGCCAGCAGCUGUGGAGGCAGCAGGAGCUGCUGCAGCAGAGAAGGAUUCUGGUUGGGCUCCCUGCAUCUGCUCUGAUCAUGACUUGUCAGAAAGGAAAUAAAACUCUGCUGGACUGUGAGGACUUCUUCCAUUUUGUAAACUCAGAGCUGAAGAACACCUGCUCCAGGGGGUAUGCACUCUCCUACAGCAUCACUGCUCACUUCUUCAGGGGCCUGCUUAAUGCCAGCUUGGAGUGUGAGGAGGCAGCAGAAGGGGUCAAUGAUGUCCUGACAGCAUGUCACAGCAAAUGCCCCAUUCUGCUUUCCUCUGCAGUGCUUUGGUGGCCCAGGCUGGAGCCAGUGCUCUGCUCCCAGUGGAAGAGACUCUUUGGGACUCCACUUGCAGAAGAGCUGCAAAAACUGAGGGAAUGUCAAUCCUCAGCUGCCAGGUUCCUUUCUUCAGGAGCAGUUUUUCCCCUCUUUGGCCCUCCUUGGAUUUCAGCUGCCUUCCUCCACUGUACUGCUCAGCAGCAGUCACCACGUGGACGAGACAGAAGCACUCUGCAGAGGCUGGGGACUGGCACAGAGCAGCUUCUCGUUUCUCUGCUGUUCUUCUCACUCCUGGAUCUCAUCUCAGCAAAAAUAGCACCAGAGCAAGAAGGAGUGGAUUUUCAGGCAUCUCUGGAAUGGUCCUUGGAGAUCUUUCGGUGCCUGGAAGGGAGGGGCAUCUCUUGGCCUCUUCUCUUCCACUCAACAGAGGAAGACCCCGGGCAGUACCGUGUCCUGCGCAGCGCGGCCUCGGACCGGCACACCCGGCUCCUGCCUCUUGCCUUCUACAGCCUCACCCCCUGCUUCCACCAUGAGCUGCUCACCCAGGAACCAACCUUCCUCCGUGUGGCACUGGAGCUCUACCUCCAGCUGCUGCAGCUCUUUGUGGAAGGGAAGGACCUGCCCCAGCCUGACCAAAGCCCAGACCCCACAGAGCAUGGGGACCCCUUGGAGCUGAUCUCCAGUGCCCGGCGCUUCCUGCUGGCUGCCAUCCCGCGCUGCCCUGCCCACAGCUUUGGGAACACACGACUGCUACUGUCCACCUGUGAAGAGCUUGACCCAGAGCUGGGAGCUGCCCUCCUGCACUCCUCAAGGCCUGCUGCAGCCAUGGAGCUGGAUGAGGAGCUGGUCCUGUUUGAGUGAGGGGCAGGCAGCAGCCUGACACCCCGAGCAGGAGACCCUGAGGGCAGCAGAAGGAGCAAACAAAGUGUGACCUUUCUCUCCAGUGCUGUUU